GGCUGGCACCGGCCCAGGUGCGGCCCAGACUGAGUGGCUUAUUGGGAGCUUGGGAGGAGCCCAGAAGAGACCGGUAACAGCAACCUGGGAGCGACUUUGCUCAGUGACAGAAGGGAAAUGACACUCAUCCCUUAUUAUUCAUCUCCAAGGCUCCGCCCCCUCGCUGAUUCACCCAAUCACACGCGGAGCUCCAAAACAGGCACAAAUAUUCUCCAAUCUUAUAAUAGAGGUAGCCGCGCCCACUCGGAAAUUGACAAGCACAUCGACCAAUCACAAUCUGCGUCUCGCUCACCGAAGCCCUUGGGAUUUCCGGCCCCUGGAGCGACCUGCCGGAAGCGCUGGGAGCCUAUAUAAGUUUCCGCGUUUCUCUCAUCCGCAGCGAGCAGUGAAAAUGUCAGCGCCAGAGGAUCUCGGAGAUGCUCAUGGCGACGCCGACCGCGGCGACCUUUCCGGAGACCUCCGUAGUGUAUUGGUCACCAGCGUGCUCAACCUCGAGCCACUAGAUGAAGAUCUCUACAGAGGAAGGCAUUACUGGGUACCUACCUCCCAGCGGCUCUUUGGGGGUCAGAUUGUGGGCCAGGCCCUGGUGGCUGCAGCCAAGUCUGUGAGCGAAGACGUCCACGUGCACUCCCUACACUGCUACUUUGUCCGGGCAGGGGACCCGAAGGUGCCAGUGCUGUACCAGGUGGAGAGGACACGGACCGGAGCGAGCUUCUCGGUGCGCGCUGUGAAGGCGGUGCAGCACGGCAAGGCCAUCUUCAUCUGCCAGGCCUCCUUCCAGCAGAUGCAGCCCAGCCCCCUGCAGCACCAGUUCUCCAUGCCCACUGUGCCCCCGCCCGAGGAGCUGCUGGACCACGAGGCCCUCAUUGACCAGUACUUAAGGGAUCCUAACCUUCACGAGAAAUAUCGAGUGGGGCUGAACCGAAUUGCUGCCCGGGAGGUACCCAUUGAGAUCAAGCUGGUGAACCCACCCACCCUGAACCAGCUCCAGACACUGGAGCCCAAACAGAUGUUCUGGGUUCGAGCCCGGGGCUAUAUUGGGGAGGGCGACAUCAAGAUGCAUUGCUGUGUGGCUGCUUAUAUCUCUGACUACGCCUUCCUGGGUACGGCAUUGCUGCCCCACCAGUCCAAGUAUAAGGUGAACUUCAUGGUCUCACUGGACCACUCCAUGUGGUUCCACGCCCCAUUCCGAGCUGACCACUGGAUGCUCUACGAGUGUGAGAGCCCCUGGGCUGGUGGCUCUCGAGGGCUAGUGCAUGGGCGGCUGUGGCGUCGGGAUGGGGUCCUUGCUGUGACCUGUGCCCAGGAGGGUGUGAUCCGAUCGAAGCCUCGGGUAUCAGAGAGUAAGCUAUAGUCACAGAUAACUGGCUCAGCCUGGGGCUAAAAGGACUCUUUCCACUGCCGUUCCUGAGGCAGGAGUCCCAGUUGAGAGUUGGGCUUCCUGCCUCUUCCAUCCAAUAAAGAGAUUGCUAACACUGGA